AUGGCGAAUAAGGUAGCUCCAGAAGACGAAGUCGGUCAUGAGAAGUUGGCUGCGAAGCGGGUCCGGUUUUCACGUCAGGAGACUAUCACUUGGCACAGUUGCUUUGUUCCAGGUUCGAAUGUGCUGGAGCCCUACUCAACGGGGAGGUUGACGUGGGAUUUGUGGAUCAUCUUCCUUCUGGCAGUGACUGUUUUCACCGUCCCUUACGCGCUCGCCUUUCAGAGCUCUUCCUGCGGGAGCCAGAGGGGUCUAGGAGACACCAUCUUCCUGUGGUUCAUGGACGCAUGCUUCUGGACGGACAUCUUCAUCCACUUCAACACUGCCAUCGUCGUCACAGACCCUUACACGUGCAAGAUGGAGCUCGUGUUGUCCAGGAGGGAGAUCGCCAGACAGUACCUCAGACUCUGGUUUUGGUUAGACGCGUUCGGAUCUCUUCCUGUUCAAGCGAUCGAGGAUGCGCUUUCUUCGGGAACUUGCUCGCUCUCGUCCAUAAAAGCUCUGCGGUUCAAUCGACUGGCUCGACUUGCUCGUCUGGCCAAGCUGGUUCGACUGUUGAGGCUUGCCAAGUGGAAUCGCAUCAUCACGAAGCUCAAGGUUCCCGUUCUUGCUGUUAGUCGCGCGGCUUACCGAGGACCGCAGGACUCUCUUGCGAUCCAUCCGGGUUAUCUCAAGCUGCUGGAGAUGGGCUUGUUUGGCAUCGUCCUGGCGCACAUCCUCGCGUGCAUCAUCUACGGUUACGUGGAAGUGGAGUCAGUUUCCUCCCCGUUCCCCACCUGGGCGAGCGAGGCGUCCAUUACCAUCCCGGGGUCUGGUAUCUUCGUACUCAAAUGCCCUGACAUCUCCCUGGAUUCUCAGGGGGACGCUCUCCCUCCCUGCCACGAGUACUCGCUCUCAGAAGUCAACUGCUCUCGCACUGUCAUUAGCUUCACGUCCAAUGGUCAGCAGGUCAGUUGUCUACAGCCGGACUCUAGCUGGAAGAAGGAGGCGCCUGACCUAGUCAAGUAUGUCAUGAGCUUGUACCUGAUCUUCAUGACUCUCACAACGGUCGGGUAUGGUGACCUGACCAUGAAGAAUAUCUACGAGAUGUUCCUGGGCAUCGCUGUGAUGUCGGUCGGGACAACGGCGUUUGCCAUCGUUGUCGGCAACAUGACGGACCUAAUCGGCAACUUGGACGUCCGAGCUCUAGAGCUCAAGGACAAGAUGGACGAGCUUGACGACUUCAUGCACCAGGAAAACCUCCCGAUCAACCUGAGGGUCAGGACGAGACGUUUCUUCGAGCAUGUGCACAAUCACUCAAGGGAAGUUCCUCCUGUUGUGCGGGAACUCCCCAUCACCCUCCAGUCGGAGGUCUCGCUGUACCUGUAUGCCGAUUUGAUCAGAAAGGUUCACUUCUUCAAACGUUGCAGCAAGGAGUUCGUCACGGACGUGGUGAGGAGGUGCAAGCCAAGGACGCUGGCACAGAGCGACUUCCUUUUCCUGGCGGGAGAGUACGGGGACAGCAUGUUCUUCAUCAUAGAUGGGACUCUUGAAGUGCAGGUUGACGCUCAAAACAACAUCUUCGCCCUGCUGGAGAGCGGGUCCCACUUCGGGGAGAAGUGUGUGCUGGGGAUAGAGAAGUUCCGUCCUGUCACAGUCAGAGCUCUGACUUGGUCGAACCUCUUCUCGUUGAGUUCAGACGACCUGGAGGAAUGCAUCUACCGCCAUCCCGACUCGCACGAGAUGUUCUUGUCCAUCUCUUUCAGCGGCAUUGACUCUCAGAUCGCCACCCUCUCGUCUCCGGCUAUGAAGGCGAAGAAGAAACCUCGGAUGCUGCAGCACCUUUCCAGCCUCCUCUCCUCUGACAUCAUCCAUGAGCACGAAGGCAAUGGCGAGAAUGCGCGUGGUAGCGGUCACGGGGAGGCGCCGGGAGUGCUCAAGAACAGCAUGUCGGACGUCGUGCAGGAUGUGAAUUCUGCUGUGCAAGGAAGGCAAGAGCAGCAGCAUCCUCAGAUUGUGAGGAGAUCGGCAGGAAGCAUGCACAGGAGAAAUUCUGACCCGAGAUUGAAAGAGAUCUCCAUCGCUCAAGCGCAGAGGCUCGAGGACGGAGCGUAA